UGACGGUCAUAUGACUCCCACGUGACGACAAACUCCAUAGCCAUCAUGGCGGCCACCUCAAUGUUUCAGAGGCUGAGAACUGGAUCUAAAUUGGGAGCGCAGUAUGACCAGGAAGGCAACCUUAUUCAGGUUGAAACUCGUGAAGAUGAGGAACAGAAUGUUAAAUUGGCAGAAAUCCUGGAGCUGUUGGUGGCAGCAGGAUACUUCAGGGCUCGGAUCAAAGGGCUUUCUCCAUUUGACAAGGUUGUGGGUGGAAUGACCUGGUGUAUUACAACCUGCAACUUUGACAUAGAUGUAGAUUUACUUUUUCAAGAAAACUCUACAAUUGGUCAGAAAAUAGCGCUUACUGAAAAAAUUGUGUCUGUCUUGCCAAAAAUGAAAUGCCCUCAUCGUCUAGAGCCACACCAGAUCCAGGGUCUUGAUUUCAUUCACAUUUUUCCUGUUGUACAGUGGCUGGUUAAACGUGCCAUUGAAACCAGAGAAGAAAUGGGAGAUUACAUUCGGGCAUACUCUGUGUCACAGUUUCAGAAAACACAUAGCAUUCCAGAGGAUAAUGACUUCAUGCAGAGAAAAGAGAAGGCUAUUAAAACAGUAAUGGAUGUUUCUGAGGUUUAUAAACCUCUGCGAAAAUACAAGAGGCAGGUUGAUGCUGAGGAGCUAGCUGAUGAAGAAUCCAGAGUCCACUCCACUUUGCUGGAGUAUGGAAGACUCCCUGAUUACAUACUGCGAUAUGGAUUUAGCAGGCAAGCUAAACAAGACAAGGCUGAAGAUAAGAAAGCGUUUGUGACACCAGGGCUGCCGCAUGGCAUGUCUGAGGUGUCAGAAGAGGAAGAUCUGCAAGCUGCUGAAGAGCUUCGCAUUAAAACGUUGAUGACUGGAAUGGCUGUCAUGGCAAAUGAAGAGGGGAAACUGACUGCAAGCACAGUUGGCCAGAUAGUAGGGCUUCAGUCUGAAGAGAUCAAGCAAAUUGCAUCUGAAUAUGCAGAAAAACAGUCAGAGCGCUCUGCAGAAGACCGGCCCGAGAGGUUUGGAGCAGCCCAGCAGCAUCGCAGACUGGUGGCAUCUCUCAACAAACAGAUUGCUCAAAAAUCCAAACAAGUGGAAGAGCUACAAGCUAAACAUUUGGAGGUCCAAUCGGAAUAUGAAGAAGCCAAGAGUAAAUUGAUGGAGGCUGUGAACUUUACUGAGAAGUUGCAUAAGGAACUUUCUGCUUUAGAAGAACUUGAAUGUCAUGCUGAUUCAAGUGUCCUUCAGAAGCUGAGAGCGUUGGUUGCUAUGAAUGAAAACCUUAAGAAUCAAGAACAAGAGUUCCGUACUCAUUGCCGGGAGGAAAUGACUCGUUUGCAGCAGAGUAUUGAAAACCUCAAAAUUGAAUCAGGAGAUGAUGAUGGUGAACAAAAGGAACGAAACCAACUGAUAGACAAACAGUAUAAUACAGACAGAGAGAAGCUCCAGAAGAUCAGGCUGUUGCUGGCCCGGAGGAAUAGAGAAAUUGCUAUACUGCAGAGAAAGAUUGAUGAAGUACCGAGCAGAGCUGAACUAACCCAGUAUCAGAAGAGAUUUAUUGAACUCUAUGGUCAGGUUGCAGCAACCCACAAAGAAACCAAACAGUUCUUCACCCUCUAUAAUACACUGGAUGACAAAAAAGUGUUUCUAGAAAAAGAGGUUAAUUUGCUGAAUUCCAUUCAUGACAACUUUCUUCAAGCUAUGGCAUCUUCUGGAGCCCGAGAGCAAUUUCUGCGACAGAUGGAACAAAUUGUUGAAGGAAUCAAACAGAACAGAAUUAAGAUGGAGAAAAAGAAACAAGAAAACAAAAUGAGGAGAGAUCAGUUAAAUGAUGAGUAUCUGGAAUUAUUAGAGAAACAAAGGCUGUACUUUAAAACAGUGAAAGACUUUAAAGAGGAGUGCCGGAAGAAUGAAAUGCUGCUUUCAAAGUUGAGAGCUAAGGGGGCACCCUAGACACCAUUGUGAAAUCAAAAUCUACUUUUUUUUUUUUAACAAUUGAAAUACAUUUUUUUGUCUAAUCAAGACCUACUAAUCGUAAAUGGAAAGCCUUAUGUGUUGCAUCUAAGCCAAGUUUAUCCACAUUUUUGCAGUUUAAGCUACGUGAGAGAAAUUUUAAAAUAUUUGCAAAAGGGGUAUUUCAAUAUAUGAUCUUACACUAAUGAUUUCAAAAUACAUGUAUGUUUUACACUGAAACAAAACAAAAUGUGGUUAAAAAACAUUAGACAAACUUUUGACGAGAACCCAUUUAACAGUGUUUAAACUUAAUGGAUUAAGUUUCUGUCUGUCCAUCUCUCAUUUACCAUAUCUCUCAUUUACCAUUAAUCUAUAUGUGUAGUACUAUACAUUUAUGAAUAUACUAAACCCAAAUAUAUCAAGGAAACUUCUUUUUAUAAGUAAUGUUUGUAUUUUUCAUUACUUUUACAUAGUAAAUGUCAGAAAGGUAUAUGCACAUUGGCAUUUAAUUAUAUUGUAGUGUACUAUAUGUCUUAUUUAACUCUUUAUAUACUGUAUGAUUUUCACAUCCUUUGCAGCUGUAGAUAAUCCUGACACAUUAAUAUGUUAAAACCGUUGUGAACCGACAAGUACAAAUCUGAAUAAACAAGGUUGGAAUGCA